ACCCGUAGGAUAUUGUAUUUACGUUAAUUGCUAUCAUUUAUCUUUAUUCCAGGACUUUCAACAUGGAAGAUGAAUGGGAAGAGGAGGUACGAAAUACCACCAGCGUUACGUUACUGGCUUUUCCAGCGUAGCAACAUUAGCUUCAUGUGGCUAGCAUGUUAUCGUUAGUUACCGUUAGCCUGGGGGUCCUGAUGGGAUGAGGACUACCACUGGUUAAAUUUCGCCAUUAUGGUAACUUUAACCUUCCAAGAGCAGCUUGUUGUGGUGGAGCUCUCUGGUAUAAUCAACAAUGACUUCCUGUCCAAGUGUCGGGGCACAUGCAAGAUUCUUGACAUUGACAGCGAGAAGCCCAUGAUGCAGGUUGGACAAUAUGUGUUUGCAGGAGAAUAUGAAGAUGCCUUGGGAACGUGUGUGCUGUUCGAGGAGGGACCACAGAAAGGAAAAGAAGACAGUGUUCCAGAGCUCAAGUACAUGUGCCACACUGUGAAGAAACUUAUGAUGCAACGAAUCUUCCUCGUUGAGAAGAAAGACGGAGAAACCAGCACAGCAGGAAGUGGUGAUAGUGGUGAACAGAUGAACACAACUUAUCAGUCCGAUGAAGAAGAAAAUGCCAAACAACAGGGAGAGACAGAAGAUGAUAUGGGCAACACAGAUUUGGAAAACUCAGCAGUGGGCUGAGAAAUGGAGGCCUUGGCAUAUUAUGACCUCCCUAUACAAGUGCAGAGACACACAAGCAUUUGCAAGGCUGUAGGGGACUCCCAUGUCUGAAACAGGGAAGUGUCUGUGUUAAUGAAAACAUCGUGUCGCCAUCCUUUUCCAAAAACAUGUAUUGCGUCUUCUUUACCAGACCUCAAAAUAAGUGAAUUUCAUAUUUGAUGUGCAACAAAAUAUGGCUAAAUGACACCUAAAGGGAAAACAGUCUUGUACAAAUUAUAAUUUAAAUCUUUUCUUUCCACAUAGGAAGGGUCUUGGGAAGGACAGUCACAGAAAUGUGGCCGCAGACCUCAGCUUAGAAGCUGGACGUCCUUUCAUUGUGUUUUUAUGAUAUCAUCAGUUUUUGUUUCCUGUGAAAAUCAUUAUGCUGUUUAACCAGCAGAGGGAGAGAAAUCUGCUUGAGCUGCAGGGUUAUAGUCAGUCAGUUAUACAUUCAAAGAAGUGAAUGAGGAGUACCUGACUUAAAAAUACAAAGUCCCUAUUUAUCUGAUUUAUGAUAAAUGUACUUUGAUUUGCUAUGUUAAAGCCAACAAAAAUAAAGUUUUUUUUUAUUUUGUGAGUGGCCUCAGUCUUAUUGUGUUGUUUUUGUUGUUGAUGUUUUGCUUUUGUGGAAUUUCUGCCAGAGAUGUAGAUUUGGCAUUUGGUUACAGAGCAAAAGGCUGUCAAUCAGGCAAUCUAUUUUUGUUUUAGCUUUCAAGACUGUAAAUAAAAUUCUACUGUAGUUUA